AUGCCCGGCAAGGUGACCACUGGCAACGACAUCGGGCAGGCCCGCUGGGCCGUGGAGCAGCUGCAGAUGGAGGUGGGCAUCAACCGUGUAAAGGUAUCCAAGGCGGCCGCUGACCUGCUGCAGUUCUGUACGGAGCAGGCCGAGAGUGACCCCUUCCUCGUGGGCAUCCCAGCUGCCACCAACCCUUUCAAGGAGAAGAAGCCCUGCACCAUCCUAUGA